AUGGAAGUAGUUGACAUGCUCCCGGCUGAGGAACAGCGGUCAGUAUGGGAUGAAACGGAGCGGAAUUUUUGGCUCAGGUUCGACGAUGAGAACGAUGCCAGCCAUGGCGAGACCCAGCAGAUGUAUAGAAUCAGGGCGUCAAAGACCAGAGCCGAACUCGAUGCGUUGAUGAUGAAGCAAUCACAACUCACCGAGAGACAGGAACGCCUUCUCAAGGAGCUAACGCAAGUCGAAGCGGAGCUUGCUCGAGUUGUGGAAGCGUGUGACGACAAAGCCACCAAAUUGAAUAUUCUAGAGCAAGAAUAUCGCCAAAGCGAACACGAAAGACUGGAGCAACGCGCUCAGAUUGCCAAAAGCAUGGAAAGAUUCUUCAGGAUCAAACGAGGAGAGGAUCCUGACGCGCUAUCUGAACGGGAUAGGGAUCAUUUGCGUGAAGUUCUCAGGAACAGUAUGCGGUCCCGCCGCGUUGGGCAUGAGGGACACGAAGCCGCCCGCGCCGAAGCCCUGGAGCAGGCUAAUGAAGCAGCAAGAACGACUCGUGUCCUGACUCCCGUCCGUGUCUCUUCGGCUGCGCAGAGGUCGUCUAAUAACGUGCUUGUCAAUAUCGUUGAUGCAGAUGGCCAUGUGAUUGGUCCUGUAGAGAGAACUGAUCCAUGGAACCAAUGGGUUGAAUUUAUUCAAGGCUUGCCCAUAAAGCGACAUGUCAAGAUACGCCGGGGACGCAAGUUCACUUCUGAUCACUUGGGUACCAUCUACGACCGCUCAGAAGCCAAAGGGGUGAGGUGGCUGGCGUGCAUGAUUCAAGCCACGGGGGAAAUUCAACAGCGACGAUGCCACUCCUGUGAUAAGAACCAAGGUGCUUUUGAUGACUGUAUUGUUCUGGGCGGACCACUGUUUCAAAAGUGCGGCAAUUGCGAAUGGAAUCGUCAAGGGUGCCAUAUGCCUUCAACUCCCAAAUCCGCAAACAGAGAAUUCGGGAACGAACAAAUGCAGCCUCGUGACGCCGGCAAGGAAUCAGAGCAGCUAGUCUAUCGGAUGCCGCCGGCGAGUCAAUCUCAUCCUCAUCCGAGCCGGGAGCCACGGACAUCAGGUCGAUUGAACGGAAACCCUAUUGUACCUGAACCGACGCAAAUGCCAACACCAAAAGAAAGCCGUGACCGUCCUUUCUCCAACCCAAACCAUGUUGCUUCAAAUGGCUUCACGCCCGCGAAUUUCCGAAGUCGACCGCCUUCUCGAGACAUCCCAACUCCCUCUGUGCAGUCUGUUGAGAAUUCCCCGCAGCCUGCGAAGCAGCGUCUCUCUUCGUCGGACGAGAUUACGAGAAGUAACUUGAUCCUCAGGCACGAUGGCACCGUCUACACCUUUCCCGAGUGCGUUCAGGGCGUCCCUCUGGUGAAAAUUGACGAAAACCACCCCUAUUGGGAUCCGCGUUGGCCGCCUGUACGGUCCAUCAUUGAACCACAGCUCGAGCUCUGGCGCGAAAAGUUUGUUGAAUCCGUGGAGAAGAAGGCAAAAGGCGAAGGCGGCUCCGCCAGAUUUCAAAAUGGACGCCAGGUCAAUCGUGGCAUCAAAAUCUUGGAAUUCUUACGAGACGGUGAAAUCAGCCCCUACCAGCUAUUGUCGAAACAGUAUACACAUACUGGAAAGGGAACCAUUACGGCAUACGAUACGUUGUUCCGAAUGUGCGAAACUCUGGGGGAACUGGCCAAAUAUCAACUUGACAUUUCGCCAGUCGAAUGGCUGCGCCAUCGUCUCCACGAGAUCAUCGCAGAAAAGGGACCAAAUUUCAAUUAUUCCAAAAUCAUGCACGACUUUUAUCACGAUCCCAAGCUUGCCACCCUGCGCUCCAAGAACGGCUACAAGAGUAUCGGACGCCCAUCUGGCUACAAAGCUGGGCAAACCGCGGGAAACGGCAACAACAGCACGCCCCAAGGGGGCAUGAGGAAGAGGAAAAGCAUGCACUCCCAGACGGACACGCCCCGGGCGACGCCACCCUCUAGUCACUCGCCGUCCCUGGCUCAGGAAGACUACAAUCGAUCUCCUCUUGCCAGUAAUGCAGCUCCGUAUUCGACAGACGGUCCGUUUGAGGGAUCAAUGCAAAAGCGUCUAAAGCCAUUGUCCCCUGUAUCGACGCAUCCAAACGACGAAUUUUACACUGAUGGCAUUUCAGACACGGAUUCUUGGAGUGGGGCCUCGAUUCAAACGCUGGAUUGGCGUAUUUACCAAGUGAAGACGAGACUAUUCACGAGCUCCACAAAGGUGACGCAGUACUGGCAUUGGAAAGAGGAGAAGCGCAUCUUUGAGCAUCAGGUCCUCAAGGACACGAAUCCUGCUAGCUGGGGCAUCCUCCGAUCUCCAAUCGACUUUAACAUCGCACUGGACGAUAUUGUCCAGGUUGAUUGGAACAUUGAUGCCCUGCAGGUGCAUUUUGUAAUACGUCAAUUUGGUUCCAGGCUUGCCAAGCAAGAUAAGAAGCCCAUAGGCGACGUCAUGGCAGCAUUCAAGCGGGAGACUACAAUGCGUCGGUUCCUCAGCUACUGUCGCCAGCGCCGGCUGAAGCUGGUCAAGGUCACGGCCGACGAAAUUGAACAACGAUGGGGCAAUAUGCAGUCUGAGAAACUGCCCAAUACAGACGAAGAGGCAAGCCCAGCGUUCAGGGAAUAG